UGGGGAAUUCAAAAAGUUGUAAUUUUAAUUUAAUAAUAAAUAAAUCGUUUUAAUUAUUUUUAUUCGUUCAAACAAUGGAUAGUUAUUUUGGAUUCAACCAUUUGGUGAUGUUUUUUGUUUUUUACUAUUUGUUAACUUUGAAUGAAAACGUUUUGCUUUCCUUUUGGUUUCUUUAAAGAAUAUAUAAUAAUAUUAUUAUAUUUCAAAACUAUGCUUGUUCAAGGCUCCAAAACAACUACAAUUUUUUUUCUUCUCAUUUAAGGUUGGUUACAGAUUCCAGAAUAUUGAAUUACAUUUAUUUCAGUAUUCUUAAGACUACUGAGUAUCUAAAUUCUUUCUUCAAGAAUCUGGAACAUCCUUUGAUUCCCCAGUGCCUAGAGCAUCCCCCUAGGACAAUAACAUCCUUUUUUUACCCCUGUUAAAACCACUCCCACAAACCCCCUAAGAACCUUCGAGUGCAUGAACAUCCCAAACUCAAGAACCUUAAUGACCUUUCUCAAAGGUCCCAGUGAGGCCUCCUCCCUGCAGGACCUACAUCCGCAACAACACUUCAAAUAUACAUUACUGUAAACGUUGUUUAUCAGCCAAUAGUGUCUAGGUUAUUAGUAUUAUUAGUAGUAGUAGUAGUAGUAGCAGUAGUAGUAGUAGUAGUGGUAUUUAUAGCUUUUAAAUUCUGAACAAAAUCUUUAGCAAAUAAAGUCAAGAACAUUUCCAGGAUAUCAUUCAUUUUAGCACACAGGGAUACAGGUCAUCUGCUGCCUCCUGUGGUCAGUUUGUGUCACUGAGGUAAAUGUGAAUGAAAACAAUCAAAUGUUGAUAAAAAUCAUCUGAUUGGUCUGAUAAAUAAAAAAUUGAAAAAAUAGCUAAGAGAGCCAAUAUAAAAACACGCCAUGUGUUUUGUUGUUAAAGUACAUUGGUAGUACUUUUUACUUUUUAAUAAAACAAAAGAAUAAAGUCAACCCAUGAAUUCUUAAAAAGAAAAAUUGAAAAAAAAAUUGCAUUCAUCGAGAUUAAAGCUCAAACCGUUUGGUGUGAACGUGAACGAGUUCAACAGUUUCGUUCAAACAGAAUGAUUCAUAGACGUGUGCACACGCACGCGCGCACACGAAACACACACACAAAACCGCACAACCAUUAGCCCCGCCCCCGCGGGACUCCCUGUUGUAGUGUAAAAACUCUCUAACUCGGUCAAUUCUCCUCAGUCACAGAAACUGCAACUCUCGUCUCUCUCGUUGCUGGACUUCGGGGAAUUUCGGCGUUUUUCGGAUCCGUCGGGACGGACCACCAACGGACACUGAACAGGCUGUGCUGUCGUGAUGCCCUCACUUAUCUUCCUCCUCCUCCUCAUCCUCAUCAUCACCUCCACCUCAACACUGGAGUUUCGAUACCACAGCAACCGAGAGAUUGAACAGAUUCUCACCCAGAUCAGCCUGUCCAACCCUGACAUAACACACCUGUACAGCAUCGGGAAAUCUGUCAGAGGUCAGCAGCUGUGGGUCUUAGCCCUGGGCCUCAGGCCUCGACAACACACACUUGGAAUCCCCGAAUUUAAAUAUGUGGGCAACAUGCAUGGAAAUGAGGUUCUGGGCCGUGAGCUCCUUCUGCAUCUCGCUGAUGAACUGGUACAAGGUUAUCGCUCCGGAGAAUCCUGGUCUGUGCAGCUACUGAACAGCACACGCAUUCACGUGCUGCCAACAAUGAAUCCUGAUGGAUUCGAUGAGGCGAGGACGCACUGUCAAUACAGUCAGGGCAGGUACAACUCUAAUGGCGUGGACCUGAACAGGAACUUUCCUGACGCCUUUGCUGGGCCUAAAAAUCAACGGCAGCUCACCGAGAAGGAGAGGGAGGCCGAGGUCCGGGCUGUGAUUGGCUGGUUGCAGACAGAGACUUUCGUACUCUCUGCGAACCUUCAUGGAGGAGCUCUGGUUGCCAGUUACCCCUAUGACAACAGCAAUGGAGGCAGUGAGCAGGUACAUCGCUCCAGCGUGGCACCAGAUGACGACGUCUUUGUUCACCUGGCAAAAGUCUACUCCCAGAACCAUGGCUCCAUGCACCGGGGUGACGUUUGCAACGACGGUUUGACUUUCCCAGACGGCAUCACAAACGGUUACCAGUGGUAUCCUCUUUCAGGUGGAAUGCAGGACUAUAACUAUAUCUGGGCUCAGUGUUUGGAGAUAACUCUGGAGGUGUCCUGUUGCAAGUUUCCUCCUGUGUCACAACUUCCUGUUAUGUGGACGGAGAACAGAAAGUCCCUGCUUGCCUUCAUCAAGCAGGUGCAUCUUGGUGUCAAAGGUCAAGUGUUUGAUUCAUCUGGGCAUGCAGUGCGGGACGCAAUAGUAGAGGUGGAGGGUCGCACAAACUUGUGUCCUUUCAGAACUGACCGACAUGGCGAAUACUACAGAUUGCUGCUUCCUGGAAACUACAGUUUUACAGUUAGGUAUCCUGGUCACCAGGUUUUAACGGAGACACUUGAAGUCCCAUAUGGUCCCAAUCACUACACGGCUAUGAAACACGACUUUCAUUUACGACGGGCCGUAGAUAACGCCACACAAGCUACUACCUCCAGAGUUAGCCCCACCCCAACCUGUAACUACACAACAGGUGUCGACUCAAGUGGAACUCUUGUCGUGCAUGCAUGGACAGAACUCAGUAUGUUGCUCGCUUUAGUAGCAGCUGUGCAAUCCAUGAUGUGCUGAGGCAGCCUGAUGUUCAAAACACGUCUGGUCAGACGACCCCUUUACACCGGACCAAGGGAAGAUUCUGAAGACACAUUUUAAGGACACGUCUGUCUCUAAGAAAAACACCCACGUCUGUAACCUUGUAAACAGGUUAGAGCUGGAAAAUCUUUCGUUGAAAAAGGCACAGGGAUAGAAAAAAAGUCUGCAUUCCAUUUGGAUGUAACAGUUUUACGGCUACUUUAGAACAGUGAACUCUGGUCCAAAACCCUUUAAAGACAUGUUUGUAACUUUGUGUCUCAGAGCUAACAACCUAAGAUUUUUGGCUAACAUUUAGAGACAAUAGUAAAAUAUGUUGGAAAAAGUACGAUUUGGACACUCUCCGAAUGUUUAUUGGAGAAUACUUUCUGUGCCAAAAGUAGGUAAUAUUUUCUUAUGCAGUAAUUGUAAAAACCUGGAAAGAUUCCUGUUCUUUUUAGGAAGAUUUUGUCCUUCUCCUUUCAUGAUGCCCUUCAGGUUAACAGCUAACUCUUCUCACAGCUACCAGGUUGCGCCUCUCUUAAAGCUAUGUUUGCACAAUUUUAGCUAGCUAACUCUUCUAUUUUUUAGGGCUAACAGCAUGAACAAGGCUAAUCCUGGAAUGACAUAGUUAAAAAUAUAAUUUUAAAAUAUUAUUCCUAUAAUGAAGUUGGAGCUGAAUCCAAACAAAAUUUCCCCCCGAGAAAGCACCAAUAAUGGACAGGAUUCCAUUAGGCUAUGCUAAUUUUUGAGAUGCAAAGGUUUGGUUUUACCUGUAUUUACAGACAUUUCUUUGUAGAUGGGAAUCUCUGGUCCACAACUUGUAAAAUAUUUUUGUUUUCUAAUGUUACCUGAAGUAGGUGACAGUUGAUAAGAUGAAGUUUCUUUAUGUGUCUGUGUUCCUGACAUAAAAAAAACUUAUAUUAAAAAGUAUACAUUGCAUAUUAUAUAUCAUAUUUUACCAAAAACUACCUGAACCAAAAGGUUGAAUUGAAGUAUACAUAUAAAUAUCCUUGGUUUUGUUGCACAACUCGAGAUGCUGGGUGAAACUUUUGAGUCUUCUUCAAUCUUAACAGGAUAUAAUUUGAAAUUGUUUAAGUUUGAUUUAAACAAAAAAUAUGAUAUUAAAUGUAAUGAUGUUU